GCGGGCCGCUCAGUGCCGGUGGUGACCGCCAUGUGAAAAAGAUGGCGGAGCUGCAGAUGCUGCUGGAGGAGGAGAUUCCUGCGGGACGCACAGCGCUGCUGGACAGCUUCACCAACCUGGACCGGGUGGCGGAGUACUGCGAGAGCAACUAUGUCCAGUCCGCGGACAAGGAGCGAGCGCUGGAGGAGACGAAGAGCUACACCACGCAGUCGCUGGCCAGCGUCGCCUACCUCAUCAACACGCUCGCCAACAACGUGCUGCAGAUGCUGGACAUCCAGGCGUCGCAGCUGCGCCGCAUGGAGUGCUCCGUCAACCACAUCUCACAGACCGUCGACAUCCACAAAGAGAAGGUGGCGAGGAGGGAGAUCGGCAUCUUGACCACCAACAAGAACACGUGCCGCUCGCAUAAAAUCGUCGCCCCGGCCAGUCAGGAGAGGCCGGUGCGCUACAUCAGGAAGCCCAUCGACUACGGCGUUCUGGACGACACCGGACACGGAGUCAAGUGGUUGUUGAGGUUCAAGGUGAAUGGCCAGCAGAACAUGAAAUUGGGAAGUCUGUCCCGGUCCAACCCCCCCACCCAGAAACCGCCCAGCCCUCCGAGGGCAGGCAUGGGAACAUUAGGGAAGAGCUCCCCCUACAGGACCCUGGAGCCGGUGCGCUCCCCGGUGGUGCCCAACGAUUACGCCUCCAGUCCCACCAGAAACAAUGUGGGGCAGCUCCCCAGUCCGGGCCGCACCGCCACCCUCAACCACCGGCCCCGGACGUACAGUGGCAGCAGUGGAGGCAGUUAUCCCAGCAGCAGGGAAAACAGUGGCAGCGGCUGCGUGGGCGUUCCCAUUGCUGUGCCGACGCCCUCCCCACCCUCCACCUUUCCAGUUUCCCCGACUGCUGGACCCGCUAGCUCCUCCUCCACUGCUCCUAACUCCUCCCCCUCCCCAACCCCAUCCUUUUUCUCCUCUUCCUCCUCCUCCACCACAACCUUAACACAACCCAACGCACCCCUGCCACCAAACUCACCGUCACAACUUACUGACUCCACUCCUCCGCGAUCAAACGCACCCUCCAGCACCUCCCCGCCCACUAACCCCGCCCCCUGCACAUCAGAAAUCCAGCCCGUUGUCUUGCCUGGAGAAGUGUCUCCUCUCCUUCCUCCUGCUCCUGCUCCUCCUCCUCUCUCCACCUCCUCCUCCUCCUCAUCACCUGCUGAAGGUCCUAUCGUCCCACAGUUCUUCAGUAUGAACCGGCCUCAGCCUCGACCGCACGCUCCGCAGGUGGGCGGGUCGCUGCCGUACCGCCGCCCCCCCUCGGUUAACGGACAGCCAAUCGUAACAGAGAACCAGGUCAACGGUGGACCUCACUACCACCAAAGCCCAGUCUCCUCCCCGCCGCCCUCCCUCCUCCAGUUCACGCCACAGCUGCCUCUCAUGGGUUUUGUGGCUCGAGUUCAGGAGUCCAUUUCAGACGCCCCUCCUCCAUCCCAUCAAACAGCUGUUGAGAGCCAAUCAGAGUCCGAGGAGCUCCUACCUACUCCGGAGCCAUUGGAGGAUGGACAGGAAGCGGACUCUUCAGUGGUGGAGUACAGCGACCCGUACGCUGACGAAGACCCUCCAUGGGCCCCCAGAACCUACCUGGAGAAAGUGGUGGCCAUCUACGAUUACACCGCCGACAAAGAGGACGAGCUGUCGUUCCAGGAAGGAGCCAUCAUCUACGUGAUCAAGAAGAACGAGGACCGCUGGUUCGAAGGCGUGAUGAACGCCACCACCGGCCUCUUCCCUGGAAACUACGUGGAGGCCAUCAUGCACUACGCCGACUGAGCAGAGAGAAGAAAAAGAAGAAGAGUGCUCGUGUCGUUUCCACGUGACUCGCUUUCCAUUUCUGUUUUUUCAUUACAACAACCAAUCGCAAGCAAAUUGAAGCUUAUGAACAACAAUCAUGUCCCAUCUGCUAAUGUGGAGGGGGCCGGGAUGUAUGACGUAUACUGCAGGGGGUUAGCUUAGUGGGUUACACCGCUCACUUUGGUACAGAAGGUCAGGGUUGGAUUCCCAUCAGGGCAUGACUAAUGUAAACUUUUUUCUUUUCUUCUAUUUCUAGCACUUCUGAAGUUAGCAUGCUAACCAGCUAGCCCCAGCCCGUCUCGGAUGCUACAGUGAUCUGUUGUCAGGUCUGCAGCACUUUGGUCCAACAAAAAAAAUGUCCCUGUUGUCCGAGGUGUAAGGUUAUGUGAGAAAAGAAAAAAGUAACCGACCAUUUUCAUGAAAAAUAAUUGUUCUUCAGGUUGAAAAUCCUCUCAUACAUUGAAACUCCUCUGAAAACACUGAUAUUCAUAUUACAAACAUUUACACGUCAUCGCACGCGUGUGUCACAUCUGAUUUAAAUCACGCAGAUCAGAUCCAUUGAGGUCAACCCUCCCGCCACAUGUCCAGUGAAGUAUCGAUCGUAAUUAUAAUAUUAAUUCACACAGAUUUUUAAGUGUCCUGAUCUUUUGUCUUAUUUGCCUUCCUCAGCGUUUCCUGUAGUCGUGUAGUGAAGUGGACCUGAACGCACCGUCCGGUGGACAUUUUGGACCUGUUUGCUAGUUUUGAAGUUUACAGUGUGUUUGCCUGCAUGCCUGAUUAUAUAACUGACAUUUUAAGUGUUUUAAUAUUAUUUUUUUCUCUUAAUUUGUUUUUUUCUACACUUGCUUUAAUUUGUGUGUUUGAUCAGCUGGUCGCCCUUUAAGAUGGUGGAUAUUUUUGUGCCAUAAAUCGUGUGUGUGUGUGUGUGUGUGUGUGUGUGUGUGUGUGUGUGUGUGUGUGUGUGUGUGUGUGUGUGUGUGUGUGUGUGUGUGUGUGUGUGUGUGUGUGUGUGUGUGUGUGUGUGUGUGUGUGUGUGUGUGUGUGUGUGUGUGUGUGUCUUCCCUCGUGGACUCGUUAACCGACGUGACAAUGGACCUUUGUUUUGCCUGAAAUAUCCCUUUAACCAGUGCGGACUGAUGUUACAGAUGCUUCUCUGAGGCUGAUUCUCACUAGGACGGUCAACAAUUCGAGUUUCAUCCUGAAAACCAGAUCCAUUCCUUUUCACAUCCUUGUAUUUUAUUUUUUUUGCUCCAUCAUAACCUGAGACUUUAGAUAAUCUGAUCCUCAACUCCGUCCUGGUACAGAACAUGACGUCUGGAGAAAAGUGAGCCACUGAAAAUCGAUCCCCUGUAAGAAGUGAGAUACUGAGUAAAUGUUUUUAACUGCU